CCUCCUGUAGAGAAGAUGGAUGAAUCUCUCUCCAUGCUUGUUAACUGCGAGAAACUAUCGCUGUCUACAAACUGCAUUGAAAGAAUCGCCAACUUGAACAGCCUAAAAAAUCUGAGGAUUCUGUCUUUGGGAAGAAAUAACAUAAAGAAUUUGAAUGGAUUGGAGGCAGUUGCAGAAACUUUAGAGGAGCUAUGGAUCUCAUACAACUUCAUUGAGAAACUGAGAGGUAUUCGUGUAAUGAAGAAGCUGAAGGUUCUUUAUAUGUCAAACAAUUUGGUGAAAGACUGGGCAGAGUUUGUCAGGCUGGCAGAGCUGCCAUUACUGGAGGAUCUGGUGUUUGUAGGCAAUCCUCUGCAAGAGAAAUAUGCCUCUGAUCAGAACACUUGGAUUGAAGAAGCAACCAAACGGGUACCCAAACUGAAAAAGCUGGAUGGUAUCUUAGUUAUUAAAGAAGAAGAAGAUGAAGAAGGAACAAACUGA